AUGCGCCGACUUUUCCAGUCGCCCUCAUCGCUCCCUCGCCAGCAACGUCGCACUCCAAUAACCAGCGGUCGUUCGUAUCGCACAAGCCGUGCUACACGCUUCAACGCAUUCUUCUUCCUCCUCGUUCUUUCGCUCGGCGGCUCGCUGAUUCUGCUCUGGCGACUGCAGCUCCAGCAGCGGUCGGUAACGGAUGACGGGAACCGUUUAACGCUGUCGGAAAAAGUGACUGAGACGAACGUAAAUGCAGGGAAGGCAGGGCAAGCGGAGAAUAAGGGUUCUGGUAGCACCGGCAGCAGCAGCAGCAGCAGCAACACCGCUAAUGGAGGCGAGAGUAAUCUAAUCACGCCUUUAUUAGAUGCUGACGCUGAUGACGAUUACGAUGAUGGGGAUUUCUUAUCCCUUGGAUCCACGGAUGCCACGUCAGCAGGAGUUGAGGAAGGAGCGGGAGCAGCAGGCAAACGAGCCGCGAUUGGCGGAGAGGAUGAGAAAUCUGCUGAUUCGAUUCGCAAGUACGAGAUCUGCAAGAGGUUGAUUCAGAGGCCGCCGCUUGUGUGCGCGCAUGGGGGCGAUUCGUUCUCCGCCCCUCCCAACUCGCUGGCAGCGCUCGAGAGGGCGGUGGCGGCGGGGGCAGACGCGGUGGAGGUGGACGCGUCACUCACUGCAGAUGGACACCUGGUGGCACUGCAUGACAGGGAUGUCCAGUCGCUCCUCAACGACCCGUCAGCAAGGGUCCCCUCCCUCGUCUUCUCUCAAGUACGCCAGCUGGAUUUAUCACCUCUGUGGCCCGCUACCUCUCCUCGCGAUGCUGCAACGCAGCAAGUUCCUGUUCUCACGCUGCAGCAGGCAUUACAGGCUCUCAUUGGCCGAGUGAAGCACAUUACCGUGGAUGUUAAGAUUGCCACGUCAGCAAUCGCUGAGAACAGGCACAUGGCACAGCGGCUUUUGAACGUGUUUGAAAGGGUCGGUGGGUGUGCCGAGUGCCUUGUGUUGUCCAAGGAAGAUCAGUUCAUCCGCCACUUGUCGCGCAUCCAGCCGUCCAUCAAGGCAGACUGGGUACCUAGUGUGGAGGAACUUCAAGACUGGGGUGGUCAACGGGUUGCUGCGUCGUGA